AUGCCGAUUGCACCGGAUGAUGAGAACGGCGCCGUCGAUUUUAAAGUAAAGUGGAAAUGCUCCAUACUAUUCCCUGCCAACUCUAUCAACCGACUACUGGGCCAAACGAAUGUCAGCUAUCUUCGUCUCGAGCUUUCAGACCUCUCCCAGGUCCGAUCCUUCGUCCAGCAAUGGAACGAGAAGAGAUAUCCCUCCAUCCAGUACCUGCUGCUCAACGCAGGACUGCAAUUCCCCGGACCGGUGGAGUAUACAGCAGAUGGUUAUGAGACGACCUUUGCCACCAACCAUACCGGUCAUGCGCUGUUCGGCACCCACGAUCCGGCUCAGAAGACCGGUCUUCCAGACGCAAGAUACAACACGGCUGAAGGACUCGCACAUCCGACGCGCGAGUCGGCCCGGUUUCCCGGUCGUCAGCGCUACGCGACCAGCAAGCUUGCCAACGUGCUCUGGGUAUACGCGCUGCAUCGACGCCUUGUCAAGUUGAAAGACUUCAAAUCCUGGACAGUAUGUGCGUCCUGUCCGGGCCUGAUGCCGGGGACAGGCCUCGUUAGGGCUGGGAAUGCUGUCGAGCGAUUUCUCUGGCAUCACGUCCUCCCUCGCAUUAUUCCCUUGUUGCGUCUAGUGCUGAGGUCAUCGAAUAUCCAACUGCCGCAGGUAUCCGGGACUGCGCUGGCUUAUUUGGCGACCACCGAGGCCAGCAGCGGAGUGUACUAUGAGGGGAGAAAGCAGAUCAAGUCCAGCGAUGUUGGUUGCGAUGCGGCGAAGCAGGAGGAUCUGUGGGAGUGGACUUGGAGGCGGGAAGAUAAUAACUAG